UGUGGCAAUAUAGAAAUCUCCUUAAGCCCUAUCAAAAAAUAAUUUCUUUGUAUUAGAUUGAACUUCUAAAGAUAUUUGAAGAAAGAAUCAAAAAGAUUAAUAUUCAUUUUUAAACUGCUUGCAUAGGAGUAUAUUUUGAUGCACAUAAAAUUUAAUUCAGCUGAUAGUUUUGGGAUCUGACGACAAGCAAUUUUUUAUUAUAUUAAGGAUGACAAUUGCUUGACCUUUGCCUCAAAUUGUUGGAAAUACCACAAAAGAAAGGUGCAAGAUCAAAUGCUGAUUUUGACAGAAGUAGCCACAAAAUUAUUAAAUGUAGUGAAGCUGACUUAGCAAAUAUAGAUUAGUAGAUCAAGCAGCUGA